AUGAUUUUUUCUAGAGAAGAGUUAAAUCUCAUGGACGAAACCAUUUUCAAUCAGUCCAGCAGCCACCAUGAUUCGAAAGAUCACAGAUCGUCGGAAAAUUGUGCCGUUGAUAGUGAACAUAAAGUUGAAGCAUUGAAAUCUGAUAUUGCAGAGGUUAAGGCAGAGUUGAAAGAACUCAAAUUCACUGUUGACAAGCACAUGGCUGAUAUCAAGAGUUAUGUCGAUAACUCGACCAAACUCAUAAUUAAAGAGAUUCGAUUGUUAAGAGGAGAACAAAUACCAGAAGAACAACCAGAGGACAACGCCAAUCAACAUGCUGCACAAUCUGAUCCAACAGCUAUGCCUACAGUUUCAAUUGCACAACACGUCCAAAUGUCAAAUACAGCUGCUCAAAAGUCAACUGAUGGUUGUUUCAACGUUGACGCACCUACAACGUCAACAUCAAAACCAUCAACAUUGGACGAUUAUCCUGAUUUUACUAUGACACAAAUCAUCGCACUUGAUCCAAUUCUUAAUGCUACCACGACUCCAAAUGUGCAAAAAAAACAUAAGAAUCUAGGAAAAUACGAUUCUUCUCCUUAUAUCAAAAUGUCGGAAGGGGAAAGCAGUUCAAAUAGAGUACCUAUAUUCUUUCAAAUCAAACAUCCAUUCCAAAAUCACAAUGGGUUUGAUGUUCCAGAUGACAUGAUUGAGGAAUUCAAUAAAUGGGUUUUUAAAGAUGUGUCAAGCAGGCGUGGCAGGAAAGCAGCAUAUUCCAAGGUUAAAAAUACAUUUCAUCCUCAAAUGGACUUUGGCGUUGUCAAAAUCAGAGAAAAGGAUUUUUUCCACAUAAUGAGUCAACCGGGCAGACCUUGGGAGGACGGGCAUAUUAAUGCAAUAAUGUAUUAUCUCCGAAAGAAGGCAAAAUACUCUCAGACAGUCACUUCUUACAGUACUGUUGAUUGUUGGUUUAUGGCGUGGAAUGAUAACAUUGAGAAACAGUGGAGACAGUCAGAAUGUGACAUGAGAUGCAUUUCACCGGACCAUGAUGUUGGACAAUGCAUUAGAGGAUUUAAGCUGCUUGCUAACAUUCCUUGGGAUAGGGUUGACGAAGUAAUCAUCCCAGUCAACAUCAGCGACAAAUUCCAUUGGUUCCUUGUUGUAUUCCGGAUCAAACGUAGAUGUCUAUAUGUCUAUGAUUCGAUGGGAGGAUCUGUUCACUCCAGAAAAGUUAAAGAAGCUGUUGAUAAACUUGCAACCAUGAUUCUAUUAUUUCUGACGAGCACAGGGUUUUAUGGCAAAAGUCUUGAUUUGUAUGCGAAUAAUCUCCCUGAUUAUCAACAAAAGUCUCAUUCCGAACCUCUCAGUAUCAAGCAUGUGACAGAUGUUCCUCAACAAGAAGAAAGUUCCAAUAAUUGUGGUCUAUACACAUCUCUCUUUGCCGAAUACAUGAGCAAUGGUGUUUUUGAUAUAUCUCAUAUUGAUAUCGAUUCAAAAUAUCAUCGUCAAAGAUAUGGUACAUUACUUUGGCAUUAUGCAAAAUCAAAGAAUGAUGACGGCGCAAUAAGUGAAAGUGAAGUUACGGGAACAAUUGCUAGCAAGAAGGGUGGACCUCGAACUCAUAAAGAACUAGUUAUGGACACCACCAAUUAUCCUACUCCAAAAUUUCAUAACAGGAAGUAG